AUGUCUAUUCAAUUAACCGAUGGGUUGGCUAAUCAAUCCGUUGACCUAGUUCUAGAAGACUUACUUGUGAGGUUCUUAGUGAAUGUACCCGAUGAAGAUUUAUCAUCAAUAGAAAGAGUGUUUUUCCAAAUAGAAGAAGCACAAUGGUUUUAUACAGAUUUUGUCAGACAGUUAAAUCCAUUAUUACCUAGUAUGAAGAUGAAGAGUUUUGCUACGAAACUCUUGAAGAAGUGCCCAUUAAUUUGGAAAUGGGGAGAUCCUGCGGACGCUAUAUCGCGGUUUGGUAAGUAUAAGUCGACGAUUCCGGUUAGAGGUGUUGCAUUAUUCAAUAAGGAUUUAACAAAAGUAGUUUUGGUAAAGGGAACAGAGUCGAAUGCGUGGUCAUUUCCAAGAGGCAAGAUAUCCAAAGACGAAUCCGAUAUAGAUUGUGCAGUGAGAGAAGCUGAAGAAGAGACAGGAUUCAAUGCGAGGGAUCUCAUUAAUGAGAAUGAUGUGAUAGAGAGAACAAUUAAGGGCAAAAAUUACAAAAUUUACUUGAUUAAAAACGUGCCUGAAGAUUACAACUUUCAACCGCUCGCUAGGAAUGAAAUAUCCAAAAUCCAGUGGCAUGACAUGAAGAGCAUACAAAAGAAAUCAAGAUCAAAUCCAAAUAACUUCUUUAUUGUUUCUGCAAUUUUGAAGCCCAUGCUCAGAUGGAUUAAUAAAAAUAAGGGUGUUUUGAACGAGGAGGAGUUAAUGUUGCAGGCCGAAAUCAAGUUGAAAUCUCUUCUUGGAAUUAACCAACCAAAGCAAGAAAACUUAGACGCGGGUAGAGAAUUGUUGAAUAUUUUGCAGGGUGUUGCUCCAAGAGACACUCAUAUGGGUAAUAACACCCAAACUAUGCCAGCUGCGUAUGAUCAAAUUAUUCAAAUGAAUCUUCCUCAACAUUUGCAUAAACUGUUUCCUUUCUUUAACAAUCAACCUAUUCAACCCCAGGCUUAUCCUAUUCCAAAUCAACCGUUUUUUGUCCCACAGAUGCCUCCGAAUGCAUUUAAUCCUAUGAAUAUGUCGCCUGUAAAACCCCAACCACACUAUCAACCUAUUCCCCCACAGGCUCAACAAAUUCCAAGGCAACAAGAUUCCUUAUCUAGUGAUUAUAUAAACCAACAACCUAAUCCUCAGUCUUUACAAAAACCAACCUCUAUCGCCAACAGAAGGCCAUCAGGUGUCAAUUCAAAGGAAUUUUUGUCUAUAUUAAAUAAACCAAGAAAUAAGGAAGAGGAAAACAUCAGGAUGUCUGAUGAAACUAGAGCCAAUGACCAAGUUAGUAAUCGAUCUAAAGCACAACAUUUAUUGAGUUUGUUCAAUAAAGAUAAAACAACUGCAACUGAUGAUGCUCAAGAUACCGAAAGUAUUCAUAACAAUCCUAAAGGUAAAAGCAAAAAUGGAUCAUCUAAUGGAUACGAUCAUGAUUUUGUUAAUGCACAUAAAGCUUCAAAUGAAUUAGAGGAAUCGUUGAUGGGUUCAGAUGAGAAAACUAAUCGUACGAAAGUUGAACCAGGUAAAAAGUUGACACUUUUGAAAAGGCCAACUGAUGCAGGAUCUGAAUUAAUGUCAUCUAAUAACUCUGCCUCUGCUGAUAUCUUGAAAAUGCUUGGUAGCAAGCCCAAAGAUGAACCCAAAAAGGAUACAGAAGAUACCAAUCGUGGUCAAUCUAAUGAAAUAUUGGAAUUGUUGAAGGGUAAUAAAAAACAGCUUGACCAGAAUAUAACGAAUAGGACGACGGCCAAGGAACUAUUAGGUUUAAUUAACCUGAAACCUAACAAUGAUUUUGAACAAAAGGAAAACGUUAAAGAUCAACCACAAUCUAUCAAUGGCGAGAAAAAUUGUGAAGUAAAUUCAAGCCCAGAACCAGAAGAUUUUGAAGAUUUCGAGGAUUUUGAAGACUUUGAAAAUUUUGACGAAUACCAAUCUCACCAGGGACACGUUCACAAUGGAGCAAGUCAUAAUUUUGACAUCGAAAGUGAUGAUGAGGAUAUAUAUGAAACCCCUCAAAAUUCGUCCAAUAAUAUAAGUGAAAUUAAAAAUAUUCGUACAGAGAAGUCUGUACCUGAGGCUAAGAAGAAUAAGAUUAGACUUCUCAAACCAGGUGAAAGUUUAAAUGACAUAUUAGGUAAAGCUGAUGCUUCACCACAAGAACCUUCUCUAACUAUAAAUAAAGUUCAAGAGACACAUCAGAAUAAAAACAAUGUAAAUGAUGGAAGGCUGUUAUUAGAUAUUUUAAAUGGUGGAAAAAACCAGAACAAGAAUGAAGUAAAUCAAGACAUACCUAAAGAUUAUAGUUAUUCUCCGAACCCCACGGACUUUGGUUCCAUUUACGGUCCCCCUCCAACGAAUCAUCAACCUUCACCGGGAUAUUUUUCUCCAAACUCAGCAGCUGAGAGGACUGCAUUUUCACCAUUCGAAAAUUCGAAUUCUGGUUUCCCUAUAAACUCGCAGGUCGAUUCCCCAUCUACUGCUCCAUCGCAUAACAGCUCAAACCCUGCUUCGGCAAGUUUAUUGAGUUUACUUGGGAAAAAACCUCCUGUACAGCUGAGUUACCAACCUUCACCUAAGGCACAAACACCACAGCCACCAAGUGCAUUAACUCUAGAUGAAAUUGAGGGAGCACAGUUUGGUACUUUGCAAUCUCAACCAGUGGUAUCAAAUCCAAUACAACCACCUUCUAAAGAUGAUGCAAGUAGUCCAAAAUCACGUCCCGCUGAUGGGCAAGCCUCAUCAGCUCGUACUUUGCUUGACUUGCUUAAAGGAGGCAGGUCGUGA